AUCACAUGACCACUAUUGCAGGCCAUCUUGAUUCUCUCAGCGGUCGGUGAAGUCUGUAGACUUGUUGUGAUUCCUAGUAUUUAUUUCCUGUAAAUAAUUUAUUAAAUAAAUUAGUGAUAAUGUCGACCCCAACAGCAGAAAACCCAAUCUACGCUCCCUUCUUCGGAGUAAUCGGUGCAGCCUCAGCAAUCAUAUUCAGUGCGCUGGGAGCAGCCUAUGGAACGGCAAAGUCAGGGACAGGUAUUGCAGCCAUGUCCGUCAUGAGGCCAGAAUUGAUCAUGAAGUCCAUUAUUCCCGUUAUUAUGGCGGGUAUUAUCGCCAUUUAUGGACUGGUGGUGGCAGUCCUUAUAGCCGGGCAGCUGUCGGCAGAAAAUUAUUCACUAUUUAAAGGUUUCAUCCAUCUUGGUGCUGGUCUAGCGGUCGGUUUCAGCGGUCUGGCCGCUGGUUUUGCCAUCGGAAUCGUAGGUGAUGCUGGUGUGCGAGGAACAGCCCAGCAGCCACGUCUGUUCGUCGGUAUGAUCCUUAUCCUUAUUUUCGCUGAGGUCUUAGGUCUGUACGGUCUCAUCGUGGCUAUCUUCCUCUACAGUAGACAAUAAACACCCAACGAAAAAGCGCAUCGUCUGUCACUACAAGCAGGAUGGAACUUCCGACCCCUCUGUUACAGACUGCACGGCUCUGCUGUGAUUUCACCUGUUUUUUUAUUAUUAUUUUUUUGUCGAAGGGAAAAAUUUCGACCUCUUAUCAUCGUGCGACUUCGCUAUCAUUGACUUUCUCCCCACUCGCCCGUCAUUAGUCAUAGAUAACACGAUAUGGUAGUUUUGUAAAAAUAAUGAUUGUAUUUAUUGUUUUAGAGGUCAUCUCAUUCUUUUUAGGUUUAAUUUUAUACCCCCUCUGGCCCCUGCCCGUCCCCAAAUAUUUCUAGAUCCUUUCCCUGUAAGACACUCCAGGUUUCAGAUACAAAUUAAUUUAUAGCGAUAAAAACGAACUAUGAUUUUUCUUUUCUUUUUUAAUUCACGCACUUGUUAAUUAAAUGUUCAAUUUAUUCACCUGAAUUUGCGGUGAUUCUCAAGCGCCCUACAGGCAGUUAGGCGGAGGCAUGAAAUUAAACAUGCUUUGAGAAGACUUUCAUGUGAGGCUAGUUAUAAACAUAGAUUUUAAGUCCGGUCUUGUUUCUUGAUGCUAGGAUCAAAAUAAGAUUUAUGCUCAGCGUUUCUCCCGCCUGAAACAUCCACUCUUCAAGUUUCAAGAUAACUCCUUAAAAAAAUAAAACCAAAUUUUGAAUAGUGUUACAAAUUUUUAUUAAUUUUAUCAACCUAUCCACCUGUAAAUUUCACCUAGGUUUACGAUAUUUUGUGUGAAAAAUGCGUUUGAGAUCCAGGGGAGAGGAAUUAGCGAUUAGAAAAAUUAAGUUGGCGUUAUUGUUAUUUUAUAUUUCGUUAAUUUUGUCAUCAGGCCAGUUCAUUUGACUUUAGUAAUCAGAAUGUUAAAGCGUUGUUUUCAAUAGUUUUCCUUGAAAAUAUUUGUGACCACUCCUCAAUUUGAACAGAAAGAUGAGAGUGAGAAGUCAGCCACCGAAAAACUUGUUGGUUUAGAAUAUCACAGACUACUCCCUGACUUUAGUUCAAUUCAAGAUAUAUUACAUCAGAGAUAUUUUGUGAAAAUGAAAGGACUUUGCAAUUUAGACAAUUUUUAAAAUUUUCCUAAUAUCGCUUUGUUUGCAUCAAAGCCCCAAAGAGUACACACAUUUUUUUUCAGAAGGUAUGAUGGUCGCUGCUGUUUUGAUGUCUCAUUCAAAACAUGGAGUCUCAUUCCCCACCUCUGAAUAUUUGGGAUCUAGAUCUCCAUAGUUGUGUCUGUGCCAUAAUCAGCUCCAAUAAAUAUCAAUAAAAUUGUAAUGAUGAAAUUCACAGAAAAGUAUUCGAACGUUUUCCAAAGUUACCACUAUUGUAGAUUCCAUGUUUUAAGUUAUGCUUUUUCAAGCAGUAGAAAUUAAUUUUUUCCAAUAUUGGCCUACAUAGGAUCUUCAUACGUUUAAAGCGGAAAACAGAUACUUAAAGUCAGAUGAACUCUCUUUAACAUUUCUGUCCUUAAUUUUUUGUCUUGUUAUUAUACUUUUUUUCUUUUAAUUCUUUGUUUUAUUUAUCUUUUUUUUCUUUUUUUUAAGAAUCUUUUUUUUCACUGAAAAAUUUAAACCUAACAAAGCCAGAAUGCUUUGAAAUCUCAGAGUUACUUAACAGCAAGGAAAUCAGGCGGUUCUCACCCAAAACAUUCCAUAGCUUUACUUUACUGCAGUGUCUCCACAAGGAUAAAGAAAUCAUACUCGAGUACCAGUCCUUUUUGGAUAUUCUGUUGGUUGGCGAUACUGCUUUUUUGAACGUCAUGAUCUUGCUUGUACCAAACAUUCGUCGCUAUAGUGGAAGUACAAUUUUGGAAAAGUAAAUCAAAGCCCUAGGCUGCAUUGUAACUUUCAGAGCUCAGGCCAACAAGGCCUUGUAUACGAAAGCUUUACCGCUUGGAUUGUAGGCUGUUGUGAGGAAAGGAUAAGUGUUCUUGGCAAAUCGUGUGACAGGGUGGUACUUCUUAGAUCUUUAACAUUACCAGUGAAGCAGAGUGGUUUUUAAAUAAGCUUUAAACAUCUUAAAAUCACAUUUUUUGCCGUUACUCUCGAACACAGCUUUGAAAAGUCAAUGGUUUUAACAAUCAACCUUCCAUGCAUCGCACAAGCUGUCUCACUUUUUUCACAUGUGUCCCGGAAAGUGACAAAAAUAAAAGCUUCUAUCUGCCCUGAUCAUGAAAGCUUGUCCGAAGUGAAUAUUCUCUGAAGGUUUUGGUUCCCAGUUCUAUGGAAAACUAGUCUUCAACUGUAUAAUUUGAUCUUUGGAAACAUCUCGGAGCACUUAAUUCUCUAAGUGAAUGAUAUUUAACUGCGACUUCUUGUUGUUUCAUUAGUAACAACAUUAAAAGAAAGAAGUUUCAUGUAAACUACUGGCAUGAUUAAGCAGCCAUUUCAGAGACGUGAAUUCCUUAGAGCUGUAUCCAAGCUGUCUGAAAGUUACUGGCUGUGGACGAAGCAUUUAAUUAUUUUAAGUGUUUUAAGAUUAUCUAACCCUUUUGUUUUUUAGUUCUCCUUUUUAACAAUCAUUAUAUUACAAGAUGGUGUCUAUCUUCGGUUGUACAUCAGUCUAACCUCAAAAACUUGACAGUGAAAAUGAGAGCCUAAAUAUUAUGUAGCUUGAGUGUUCGAACUCAUCUUGUCGGCAUUCUUUCAUUACUCAUUUCAGUCACAAGAUUAUCUGUGUCUACUUUUUACUGUCAUGUGUUCCUUAGAACUUGGUUAAAGAAAGGGGAAAGUGCUUUUUACCUCUUAUUUUCUCAUAAGGGAGCACAACUCUCUUAUUUCUUGAUUGAAUGCUGCCUGAAAAUGGCCAUCUGUAAGGUCAGAGUCGAAGCUUUAGUAUUUUGUCUACUGAGGAAGUUAAAAUUUUUCAUGCUUCAACGAAUACUGGAUGGUCAAUAAAGCCGCUGACAAAAGUUAGCUGGUAGCCCAAUAGCAUGUCUGCCUUGUGCACAUUUAUUAUAGAACCACUUCGCUCCAAUUUAACAGCCAAUUCCCAGUCAAAUUACUUAAGACGAAAAUGAUUUUGUUCACAAGGAAUAUUUCUAAUGGAAGUGUAUGAUUGUCCUAACCCUUCAUAGCAAGUGAAAGACUUAGCAUUGACAUCUCAUGCUGCAAUAUGGUGGUCAAUCAAAGGCUGGAAACCUUUUUUAUUAUUACUCGCUGCUGUUGUUGGGGGAGAAAAUAUUUUUGAUUUCUUCUUUUUUUUUUUCUUUUUUGAAGUUGGGUUUUUUUUUAUUAUCAAUUUUCCCAGUAUUCGUUGAACUUUUAAGAUUGCUGCCAGUUGGAAUGAUGAAAAUUUCCAGCGUUGUUGAUGGUUAGAGCUAGGGCUAUCAGUGAAAAAGUCAGCUCUCAAAAUAACUAUGUGUGAUGACUGUUAGAGUGACUCGCACCCCACAAAUUUUUGAAAUUUGAUUUUAUAUCAUUACUAUAAGAUUGUAAACUUCUGCGUAGUUGAAAUUCAAAGGAAAGUAAAUAAAGUAUUAUGCAUAUUUGUUUUUAAGCUCUUCUUUUUAUUAAGCCUUUUUUCCUAUACUGUUAGUUUUAUCCAGUUGGUAAUUGUAAAGUAUAUUUAUAUAUUUUUGUUUAUAUACAUAUUCAACUGCCAAUAAUUGAAUGUUUUACCUAGAAGUACAUAUUUAGUUAUGUAGUCGAAUAAAUACACAGCUGUAUAUUCAAACGCGA